ACUCAAAUAUCUGUUUGUUUGAGUGGGUGAGGGAGGGAGGGGGAGUGACGUCAUUGUCGUUUCUUCAGGUUAUGGCGGAGCUGAACUCUUCAAACUUUCUCUGACGUGAGUGCUAGAGGGUAUUGUAAUGGAGCAGCUUCAGGGAGCGUGGAGGUCCAUCACCAACGGCCUGGGAAUGAAGGAGUCUGUGUUUGAGAGCUCAUGUGUGUCUCCUGUGAUCCAAAGAUUGCCAUGCCAGCCCCGCUCCUCAGACGACUCCAAGACCAGCCGCACCAUACGAGUCUUCCUGCCCAACCAGCAGCGGACCGUGGUGAAUGUGCGGCCAGGCAUGACGCUCCACAGCUGUCUGAUCAAAGCGCUGAAGGUUCGAGGGCUCCAGCCUGAGUGUUGUGCUGUCUUCAGUCUCCAUCCGGGACAGAGAAGCAAGAAGUCUCGUAUGGACUGGAACACAGACUCUACCUCACUCAUUGGGGAGGAACUUCUAGUGGAGGUUUUGGACCAUGUUCCCUUAACCACACACAACUUUGUUAGAAAAACAUUUCUGAAGUGGGCUUUCUGUGACAUAUGCCAGAAGUUCCUGUUAAAUGGUUUCCGUUGCCAAACAUGUGGCUACAAGUUCCAUGAGCACUGCAGCACAAAAGUGCCCACGAUGUGUGUCGACUGGACUAACAUCAGACAACUGCUAUUGUUUCCGACUCCUGGUGAGAGUGGGACUCCAGCUCUUCCUGCACUUACAUCUCGGAGAAUGAGAGAGUCUCUGACGAGGAUCCCUAGCAGCUCUGUGCACAGUCAUUCAAACCCUCACGUCUUCAGUUUCACCAGCACUAACCCCCCGUCUGGAGCGGCUCUGACACAGAGACUGCGGUCCACCUCCACACCCAAUGUCUGCACCACAGUGGCUGUCGACAGCAGCCAGAUUGAGCCAGACACAUCUCCGAGCUCCUGGUGCCAUCAGCAGUUUUGUUUGAAGAGAAGAGACGCCAUACGUAUUCACAAUUCAGCUAGCAGUUCUCCAGAUCAGAGUCCUACAGGUUGGAGCCAGCCCAAUAUACCCACCCCGGCCCAGAGAGAGCGGCCUCCGUCCCUGAACCCUCAGGAGAAGGUCAAAAUUCGGCCAAGGGAUAAGAGAGACUCCAGCUAUUACUGGGAGAUUGAAGGUAAUGAGGUGGUGCUAAUGAACAGGAUCGGCUCGGGCUCCUUUGGAACUGUACACAAAGGGAAAUGGCACGGUGAUGUGGCUGUGAAGAUAUUAAAAGUCACCAACCCGACACCCGAGCAGUUUGAAGCCUUCCGCAACGAGGUGGCAGUUCUUCGGAAAACCAGACAUGUCAACAUCCUGUUGUUCAUGGGCUACAUGACAAAAGACAAUCUUGCAAUUGUAACGCAGUGGUGUGAAGGCAGCAGUCUCUACAAACACCUCCAUGUGCAAGAGACCAACUUCCAGAUGUUUCAGCUGAUAGAUAUUGCCAGACAGACCGCUCAGGGCAUGGACUAUCUACAUGCAAAAAACAUCAUUCACCGUGACAUGAAAUCAAACAACAUCUUCUUACAUGAAGGCCUGACAGUGAAGAUCGGAGAUUUUGGGCUGGCCACAGUGAAGGCCAGGUGGAGUGGUUCUCAACAGGUGGAACAAACAUCGGGAUCUAUUUUAUGGAUGGCACCUGAGGUGAUCCGAAUGCAGGACUGCAACCCAUACAGCUUCCAAUCUGAUGUGUAUUCUUUUGGCAUUGUGCUGUUUGAAUUAAUGACCGGGGAGCUGCCCUACUCACAGAUAGCAAACCGAGAUCAGAUCAUCUACAUGGUUGGUCGAGGAUAUCUGUCUCCAGACCUCAGUAAGCUCUAUAAGAGUUGUCCUAAAGCCAUGAAGAGACUGGUGGCUGACUGUAUCAAGAAGUCCAAGGACGAGAGGCCCCUUUUCCCCCAGAUUCUGUCCUCCAUUGAGCUCCUGCAGCAUUCGCUACCCAAAAUCAACCGCAGUGCUUCUGAACCUUCGUUGCACAGAGCAUCACAGACUGAAGACAUCAACUCCUUCACACUCACCUCCAUGAAGCUGCCCAUCUUCUAGAAGCCAAAUACUAUUGCCUUGUGCUGCUACAGUAUCAUUAAAAUAAUUUGUGACUGAUAAACCGAAUGACUGAAAUUGUGCAAGAGUUGAUGUUGAUCUCAGAAAUGAAGACUGUUUCCUGUGUUUGCAGGCCAGUGACAGAUGCACUUUGAUUAUAAGAAGAUUAUGAAAGAGUAAAGGAUCCCACAGUUCUAUGUGUCUGAAAAGAUGUUGCCCUCAAUGAUGUUUGAAUAUUAUAUAGACAAAAUUAGCUUCAAGAUUUAGUCAGUAUUGAGUUGUCAUUGAAUGCUGUUCAUUAGUAAGAUGCGACAUAGUUUUACGUAAUUUGAGCUCUAUUUUGUGAUGUCAAUUACUUUGAAGGUGUUAUUGACUCUAAAUUGAAUAUAUACUGUUAAUCAAUUAUUUUAAUAAAAUUAAGUUAAAUACC